AUGGGGAAAGCAGGCUACAGCAGCCCAGCGCGAGGCACUCAGCCCACACCCUACGCCACCACUCAGAUACUGCAGUCCAACAGCUUCCACGAGCUGGCUGUGGACAGGCCAGAUCCCCGCUGGAAGGCUUCUCUCCAAGCCCAGCAGGAAAUAGCAAACCUGGGCUACUCGCUAACUGACAGACGCCCUGGCAGCGGUGUAAAGGUUGGAAAGAAAAAGAAGGUGAAAGGUGGGACAAAGGCCUCUAAAUCAAAUGGGACGUGCUGGGCUAACAUGCCUCUGCCUCCACCACCCAUGCAUCCUCUCCCUGGUACUGAGGUUGACCUUGACCGUUACCCCCAGGAAAACCACGGAGGAGGAUAUGACAGCAACAGUUGGGCCCCACCCAUGUCCGUCCAGACCUACCGCCAUCAGAAUUUGGACAACGAGGUCGAGGAAGAGAGAGGUCCCACACCUCCCCUGAGAGGACGAUCCUCCUCUCCGGCAGCUGCUUCCUUCAGUCAGCCCUCAUCUUCCUCACUCAGCUCUGCCCACCAUGAGGAAAUGCAAUCCAUUCUGCAGGCCCACUUGGAUGAGUUGACCAGGGCUUACCAAUACGAGGUGGCCAAGCAGGCAUG